AUGGGACAGAUAGCACAACAGUUAGCAUCAAACUCUCAAGCCCCUGGAACCCUACCUAUUGGUACGGUGACAAAUCCGCGGGAACAUAACAUUGUUAACGCUGUCACAACCCGAAGUAGAAAGUCAACCGAGGUAAAUGAUAUAGAAAAAGAUGGAUUAAUGGAGGUGAAUUUAGAAAUCAAGGAAACAAAAGUCCAAGAUGAAGAAGCAAUACCACCUCCUGUCCAGGAUAAGGAAAAGGUUCUUAAACCCAUAAUCAAACUUCCUUAUACUCCACGACAGAAGAAGAAAAAUCAACAUGAGAAGAAUUUCGAGAAAUUUCUAGAGAUGUUCAAGAAACUCGAAAUCAAUAUCCCUUUUUCUGAAGCACUGGAACAAAUGCCAAUAUAUGCCAAGUUCAUGAAAGACAUAAUUUCCAAGAAGCGUUCCACUGAUACUGAACCGAUCAUCUUGUCUGAAACAUGCAGUGCCGUUCUCAAAAGCAUGAAAAUACCAGUAAAAAAGAAAGACAGGGGAUCGGUUACUAUUCCUUGCACAAUUGGUGAUCGAAAAUUCAAGAAGGCUCUGUUUGACUUAGGAGCGAGUGUAAGUUUGAUGCCACUGUCCAUCUAUAAGAAAUUAGGCAUCGGUUGUGUUCAAGAUACUCGAAUGACCCUUCAGUUUGCGAAUCGCUCUGUUUGGCGACCCUAUGGUAUUGUGGAAGAUGUUCUUGUAAAAAUUGACAAAUAUCCAAUCACAACCAAAUGGUUUGUAAUCUACAAAACAACACCAAUUUCAAAAUGUGUUCAAAAUUAUGAUCCAAAUAAACUAUUCAAACGAUCAACGUAA